CUGUGCUUCCAGUGCAGGGGUCACAGGUUCGAUCCCUGGUCAGGGAACUUGAGAUCCUGCAUGCCGUGCAGCAUGGCCAAAAAAUAAACAAAUAAAUAAAAUAACAAUUAAAAUAAUAAAAUGAUUUUUAAAGUAUAAAUGUGGAGUUCAGUUGGGAGACUACUCACUGUUCUACAGCUGUCUAGCUGUGUGGAGAGAAGUCACAUAACCUCUCUGAAUUGGCAUUCAGAGCUUAUACUUGGGUAUAUUUCCUUUCAGUCUUUUCCUGUGCAUUUUAGGAGCUUGUUAGAGAUCAGUUGUGUCCUAUAUUUCACCUCAGUCUUUGAAGACUAAAGUCUCCUGUUUGGGUAAAAUAUUGUUUAAGUCCCCCUUUAAAGAGCAGUUUGCCAGCCUGUGCUUGCCCAAACAUCCAGAGAAUAACUGUAGCAAGUGAGCCAAGCUCCAGGAUCUGUAAGAAUCGCUAGCAACUGAGCAUAUUUCUAUAAAGCAAUAAAGGUUUUUCUGUUUUGUUCAUCUGUUACCCUUAUGCUGUUGCCACUUUCACAUUCAGUGUGUGUAGGUGGAGAGUAUGAGAUAACACCGUUUCACAAAUGAAAGUGAGUGGAAAAGGGCCGCUUUCCCUUUAAGGCAGUUUCAGCCCAAGCUCCCGCCCCUUUCCUGAUUGACAAACCUACCCAAAGUCACAUGAUCCGCCUCUAUUUGAAGGUCACAAAAAGCUGCUUCCUUUAGAGACAGAGGGGGAGAGAGAGAGCAAGAGGGAGAGUGAGUGUGAGAGUUAGUUCAAGCCAAAAUGGCCGACAGAGUCUCUGCUGGUUUCUGAAUAUUUAAAAUAACAAAAAAACAGAUAGACAAAAAGAAAUCAUUUUUUGGACCUUUUUUCAUUUCCAUUUCUACCUUGUAUGCCUCAAUUUGCUGGAUUUAAGCACUGCUGCACUUUAUGAGAGGGUGAGGAUGCCUGGGAGCAGCAAUACCUCAGAGGCAAUGAAUUCAUCACAGGCUCAUAUCUUGGCUUCUUAAUACGAUUUUCAACUACAAGAAACCCCAGCUUCUUGGACAAAUGGCUGAUUACAGGAUUAGAGCAGAGAAGUUUGAAAUGAACCUGGAAUAUCUUGUGCAAAGAAGUCUUCAAGGAUGCUGCAGAGAGAAGGAGCACGAAAGGGAAGAACAGUUAAUGGAAGACAAGAAAAGGAAGAAAGAGGAUAAAAAGAAAAAAGAAGCCACUCAGAAGGUCACGGAACAAAAAACCAAAGUGCCCGAAGUGACGAAACCAAGUUUAAGCCAACCAGCGGCCGCCAGCCCAAUUGGCAGCUCUCCAUCGCCACCAGUCAAUGGUGGCAACAAUGCCAAAAGGGUGGCAGUGCCGAACGGACAACCGCCAAGCGCCGCCCGCUACAUGCCUCGGGAGGUGCCGCCGCGAUUCCGUUGCCAGCAGGACCACAAAGUGUUACUAAAACGUGGGCAGCCCCCUCCACCGUCCUGCAUGCUCCUCGGGGGCGGGGCGGGGCCUCCUCCCUCCACGGCGCCCGGAGCAAACCCCAACAACGCACAAGUGGCAGGAGCGCUGCUGCAGAGCGAGGGUGGGACCGCACCAGAGUCAACCCUUGGAGGUGCUGCUGCUUCAAAUUAUGCAAAUUCCACUUGGGGCCCGGGAGCCUCCUCCAACAGCGGCGCCUCCUCCAACCCCAUUCACAUCUGGGACAAGGUGAUUGUAGACGGGUCUGACAUGGAAGAGUGGCCUUGCAUUGCCAGCAAAGACACUGAGUCUUCUUCCGAAAACACCACCGAUAACAACAGUGCCUCGAACCCUGGCUCUGAGAAGAGCACUCUGCCAGGAAGCACCACUAGUAACAAAGGAAAAGGGAGCCAGUGCCAGUCUGCAAGUUCCGGGAACGAAUGUAAUCUUGGGGUCUGGAAAUCUGACCCUAAGGCUAAAUCUGUUCAAUCUUCCAACUCUACUACGGAGAGCAACAAUGGACUAGGAAACUGGAGGAAUGUGAGUGGUCAGGAGAGAAUUGGACCUGGCUCUGGCUUCAGCAACUUUAACCCAAAUAGCAACCCAUCUGCCUGGCCAGCGCUGGUCCAAGAAGGAAAUUCUAGGAAAGGGGCAUUGGAAACGGAGACUAGUAAUUCCAAUGCACAGGUUAGCACAGUAGGUCAGGCAUCCAGGGAACAGCAGUCAAAGAUGGAAAAUGCGGGUGUUAAUUUUGUUGUCUCUGGCAGAGAGCAGGCUCAAAUUCAUAACACUGAUGGACCAAAAAAUGGAAACACUAACUCCUUGAACUCAAGUUCACCAAACCCCAUGGAGAAUAAGGGAAUGCCCUUUGGGAUGGGCUUGGGGAACGCCUCCAGGAGCACUGAUGCCCCUUCACAAAGCACUGGAGAUCGAAAGACUGGGAGUGUUGGAUCUUGGGGUGCAGCUAGGGGGCCUUCUGGAACUGACACAGCCUCUGGACAAAGCAAUUCUGGAAACAAUGGGAACAAUGGAAAGGAGAGAGAGGAGUCCUGGAAAGGAGCUCCUGUUCAGAAAUCAACUGGGUCAAAAAGUGACUCUUGGGACAACAAUAACAGGUCUACGGGUGGGUCCUGGAACUUUGGCCCUCAGGACUCUAAUGACAACAAAUGGGGUGAAGGGAACAAAAUGACAUCCGGGGUCUCUCAGGGAGAAUGGAAACAGCCGACUGGGUCUGACGAGUUGAAAAUUGGAGAAUGGAGUGGUCCAAACCAACCAAAUUCUAGCACUGGAGCAUGGGACAAUCAGAAGGGCCACCCCCUCCCUGAAAACCAAGGCAAUGCCCAGGCUCCCUGUUGGGGAAGAUCUUCCAGCUCCACGGGAAGUGAAGUUGGAGGUCAAAGCACUGGAAGCAACCACAAAGCAGGAAGUAGUGACAGUCACAAUUCUGGCCGUCGGUCGUACCGGCCCACACAUCCUGAUUGUCAGGCUGUCUUGCAGACUCUUUUGAGCCGAACUGAUUUGGACCCCAGGGUGCUCUCAAACACUGGCUGGGGCCAAACUCAAAUUAAGCAGGACACAGUGUGGGACGUUGAAGAGGUGCCAAGGCCCGAGGGGAAAUCUGACAAAGGAACUGAGGGGUGGGAGAGCGCUGCCACACAGACCAAGAGCUCAGGGGGCUGGGGAGACGCACCCAGCCAAAGCAAUCAAAUGAAGUCUGGAUGGGGAGAGCUCUCAGCCUCUACAGAGUGGAAAGACCCCAAGAACACAGGAGGCUGGAAUGACUAUAAGAACAACAACUCUUCCAACUGGGGAGGAGGACGACCGGACGAGAAGACAUCUUCCUCUUGGAAUGAGAACUCUAGCAAGGAUCAGGGGUGGGGAGGUGGACGCCAGCCCAACCAAGGAUGGACUUCUGGAAAGAAUGGUUGGGGAGAGGAGGUGGAUCAGGCGAAAACCAGCAAUUGGGAAAAUGCUGCAAGUAAACCUGUGUCCGGGUGGGGCGAAGGUGGGCAGAGUGAAAUCGGGACUUGGGGGAGUGGUGGGAACGCAAGCCUGGCUUCCAAAGGCGGGUGGGAAGACUGCAAAAGGUCUCCGGCAUGGACGGAGACAGGCAGACAGCCCAGUUCCUGGAACAAACAGCACCAACAGCAGCAGCCGCCACAGCAGCUACCACCACCACAACCUGAAGCCUCUGGCUCCUGGGGAGGCCCAGCCCCACCACCGCCAGGCAACGGACGACCUUCCAAUUCCAACUGGAGCAGCGGGCCGCAGCCAGUAACCCCCAAGGAUGAGGAACCCAGCGGUUGGGAAGAGCCAUCCCCGCAGUCGAUCAGUCGGAAGAUGGACAUUGACGAUGGCACUUCCGCGUGGGGAGACCCCAACAGUUAUAACUACAAGAAUGUGAAUCUGUGGGAUAAGAAUUCCCAAGGGGGCCCAGCACCUCGAGAAGCAAACCUGCCUACCCCGAUGACCGGCAAAUCAGCAUCAGUCUGGAGCAAAAGCACACCAUCUGCUCCAGAUAAUGGUACUUCAGCUUGGGGUGAGCCAAACGAAAGCAGUCCUGGGUGGGGCGAGAUGGAUGACACGGGAGCGUCGACAACAGGCUGGGGGACUGCACCCUCCAAUGCUCCAAAUGCCAUGAAACCUAAUUCCAAAUCUAUGCAAGAUGGCUGGGGGGAGAAUGACGGGCCAGUGGCAGGAACUCGCCAUCCCAGCUGGGAAGAGGAGGAUGAUGGAGGAGUCUGGAACACUGCCGGCUCUCAGGGAAGCGCUUCCUCCCACAACUCAGCAAGCUGGGGACAAGGAGGAAAGAAACAAAUGAAGUGCUCACUCAAAGGAGGAAACAGUGAUUCAUGGAUGAAUCCUCUUGCCAAACAGUUUUCAAAUAUGGGAUUGCUGAGUCAAACUGAAGAUAACCCAAGUAGCAAAAUGGAUUUGUCUGUAGGGAGCCUUCCAGAUAAAAAAUUUGAUGUGGACAAGCGAGCAAUGAAUCUCGGGGAUUUUAAUGAUAUCAUGAGGAAGGAUCGAUCUGGGUUCCGUCCACCUAAUUCCAAAGACAUGGGAACCACAGAUAGUGGGCCUUAUUUUGAGAAGGGUGGCAAUCAUGGUUUGUUUGGAAAUAGCACAGCACAAUCGAGAGGCGUGCACACCCCCGUGCAGCCACUGAACUCUUCUCCUAAUCUCCGGGCGCAAGUGCCUCCCCAGUUCAUUUCCCCCCAGGUUUCUGCCUCAAUGCUUAAGCAGUUUCCCAACAGUGGCCUGAAUCCAGGUCUUUUCAACGUGGGGCCCCAGUUAUCUCCUCAACAAAUUGCCAUGCUGAGCCAGCUCCCACAGAUUCCUCAGUUUCAGUUGGCAUGUCAGCUUCUCCUGCAGCAGCAGCAACAGCAGCAGUUGUUACAAAACCAGAGGAAGCUUUCUCAAGCUGUUCGCCAGCAGCAGGAGCAGCAGCUGGCUCGGAUGGUGAGCGCCCUCCAGCAGCAGCAGCAGCAACAGCAGCAGCAGCAGCAGAGGCAGCCCAGCAUGAAGCAUUCGCCAUCUCAUCCCGUUGGGCCCAAGCCACAUCUGGACAACAUGGUACCCAACGCUCUGAAUGUGGGGCUCCCAGACCUUCAAACCAAAGGGCCAAUAUCUGGAUAUGGUUCUGGCUUCAGCUCCGGCGGCAUGGACUACGGCAUGGUUGGUGGGAAGGAGGCUGGAACAGAGUCUCGCUUUAAACAGUGGACCUCCAUGAUGGAGGUGCCCUCUGUAGCCACACAGGAAGCCAAUAUGCACAAAAAUGGCGCUAUCGUGGCCCCUGGUAAGACCCGAGGAGGGUCACCAUACAACCAGUUUGACAUCAUCCCAGGUGACACACUGGGUGGCCAUACGGGUCCUGCUGGUGAUAGCUGGUUACCUGCCAAAUCUCCACCAACAAAUAAAAUCGGAAGUAAAUCUAGCAAUGCCAGUUGGCCUCCAGAAUUCCAACCAGGAGUGCCAUGGAAAGGUAUCCAAAACAUUGACCCUGAAUCUGACCCCUAUGUCACCCCAGGAAGUGUGCUGGGGGGUACAGCCACAUCUCCCAUUGUAGAUACUGACCACCAACUUCUGCGGGAUAACACCACAGGGUCUAAUUCUUCCCUCAACACCUCGCUGCCUUCACCUGGUGCCUGGCCCUACAGUGCCUCUGACAACUCCUUUACCAACGUUCAUAGCACUUCAGCAAAGUUUCCUGAUUACAAAUCAACAUGGUCCCCAGAUCCCAUAGGACACAACCCCACUCAUCUCUCCAACAAGAUGUGGAAAAACCAUAUUUCCUCAAGGAACACUACACCGCUGCCCCGCCCUCCUCCCGGUCUGACCAACCCCAAACCAUCAUCUCCCUGGAGCAGCACAGCACCCCGCUCAGUCAGGGGGUGGGGGACACAGGACUCACGGCUCGCCUCCGCCUCUACCUGGAGUGAUGGUGGUUCAGUUCGUCCUAGUUACUGGCUGGUUCUUCACAAUCUCACUCCACAGAUUGAUGGGUCAACCUUGAGAACCAUCUGCAUGCAGCAUGGCCCACUGCUGACAUUCCAUCUGAACCUAACCCAGGGCACUGCCCUGAUCCGAUACAGCACCAAACAGGAGGCGGCCAAGGCCCAAACUGCACUGCACAUGUGUGUGUUGGGAAACACUACCAUCCUGGCUGAGUUUGCCACUGAUGACGAAGUCAGCCGCUUUCUGGCACAAGCUCAGCCCCCUACACCUGCGGCAACCCCGAGUGCGCCCGCCGCGGGCUGGCAGUCCCUGGAGACCGGCCAGACCCAGUCAGAUCCCGUCGGACCUGCUCUGAAUCUUUUCGGUGGGUCCACAGGGCUCGGGCAGUGGAGCAGCGGUGCUGGUGGCGGCAGUGGGGCCGACCUUGCCGGCGCUUCAUUGUGGGGCCCCCCCAACUACUCUUCUAGCUUGUGGGGAGUCCCGACCGUGGAAGACCCUCAUAGGAUGGGCAGCCCUGCUCCUUUACUACCUGGUGACCUUCUGGGAGGAGGGUCGGAUUCAAUCUGAACUUAGAACUUUCAACUCUGACCUCGUGACCUUUUUUGGAACAGCAGCAGCACUAACUUGACCUUUUCGUUUUUUUUUUCAACUUGCAAUAAAUACAUUUUUAAAAGGAAAAAAGAAAACGGAGAGAGGAAAAAAAAAAAGGUGGGUCAUUGACAGACUGUCUGAGCACAUAGUUGCCUCCCUUCUAACUUCAGUUUUUUCGUUUGGAAUAUGAAUCCAAAAAGAGAACAUAUCACUCUUGAAAUACUUGAAUCAUGAACGCCAACCUAGAAAGACAAUGUGAAGCAAGUACACAUACCAUUUAAAUUUAAACACAAAAAAAAAUUAAAAAAAUUAGUUUCUAGUUUUUCACUUUUUUCAUGUUAUAUGGAAGUUGUUGCUAAGAAACAUAUAUACUGAAAAAAAAAUAGCUUUUUAACUUUG